CCAACUCUCCUUUAAAUCUCUCUCUUAGCUUUCAUCAAUAUUUGUCUCUCCCAACAAAAACUCACAAUUCAAAAAAUAAAUAUAGAGAGAGUACUUAAACAGGAAAAUGGAUCAAAAAUUGCCAAUUAUAGCAAAGAAGUUCUGGAAGAUAGUCCGUGUGGUUUACUUCAUGUUGAGAAAAGGAUUAUCAUCAAAGAGAAAACUAAUGUUUGAUCUCAACUUAUUAAUGAAACGUGGCAAGAUAGCUGGAAAAGCCGCCUUCCAAAAUCUCAUGUUCCAGGGCCAUAAUAAUAUUAACCAUGGGCAUCAAUGCACUUCUCAAGAGUAUUACGAGUUCAGCUGCAGUAACAGCCCAGCUUUUCAUCUCCCUUUCAACCUCAACAAGCGCAUUAGUAAGCAUAGCGAUCACCAUGCAUUACCUGCCAUCGAGGAUGACGAUAUUUCGGCAUUAGAAAUGCUUCAGAGAGAAACAGCAUCACCUGCUUUGCCUGGAUUUGGGAGGACUCCUACGGUGAGGCAAUUAAGGAUCACUGACUCGCCUUUUCCUCUAACAUCAGACGGUGACAUCAUUAGCCACGUAGAUGAGAAAGCUGAUGAAUUCAUUUCGAGAUUCUACAGAGAUUUGAGAAGAGAGGCUUCUGCUUUUGCUUAAUGUGUUUUUUUUUUGUGCUUCAGUUGGCAAUUUUCGUUUCCAGAAUUCAUACAUAUAUGUUCUAGUGGCCUAUAUAUGCAGAUUGGGAGCUUUGAAUAUUACAAAUUACUUUCUGGUUUCAAUUCUGUCCUCGGGAUUUUCUUUCUCAUAAUUUUCUGAUUUUUUUAUGAAAUUAUGAAAAUUAUUAAUGUGAUGAUACCGUUUGUUUGUUUCUUGCUACAGUAAAAUAUUUUCAUGUACUGAAAUUUUUUUCCCACAAAUUCUCUCUGGUAAUUUAAUUGUUACCUUCUACUUUUUUGCUCGAAAAUUAAAUAAGAAGAGCAAAAAGUAAAAGUUAACAUGGAGUAGGUUAGCAAGUUAAAAAUCAUUCCUUCCUUUGAG